UUUUAUGUCUCAUGCUGUUAUUUCUUAUCUCUCCAUCAUUCGCCAUUUACUGCGACGAGGACGAUUGCUACGAUCUACUGGGGGUGUCUCAAAAUGCAAAUGCAUCUGAAAUCAAAAAAGCUUACUAUAAGCUCUCUUUGAAAUAUCAUCCCGAUAAAAACCCGGAUCCGGAAUCAAGGAAGUUGUUCGUGAAAAUUGCAAAUGCUUAUGAGAUUUUAAAAGAUGAAGCCACAAGGGAGCAGUAUGAUUAUGCAAUUGCACAUCCAGAAGAGGUUCACAAGAGUUUUAAUUAAGAUAAUAUAAUUGCUAAUGUCAUUCUAUAGUUUCAA